CAGUAUCUGGAUCUAUGUUGUAGCUAAGAGAGAAAGGACUGAGAGUGCUUCCCACCACAGGGUGAAAGAAUUGAAUUAGAUUUUUGUUUUGUUUUUUGCUGUUUGUUUUUUGGCCGUUGUCACUUACUUUGGGGCUUUUUUCUCCUCUGCUUGGAUACUGCGGACUUAGGCAUUGGAUAUGUGCACAAAGGAUGAUGAAAACCCUUUUCCUCAUCGUAGAAGUAAAAUAAAAUAGGCUUUCGCGCACACUGGAUUUACUCCUGCUAUUCCAUAUGAAGAAGUCAAAAAUUUACCACGGACAGUAGGGACUGAAUUUUACUUCACUCUAAGUCUUUCUGAAAACCCCGACGUGUACUGAGCGGGAGAAUGUGCAUGGACACAUGUGGGUCUUUCCAGCCAACAAGGGAACAUCUGCCUUUGUGGGCAGCCAUUGUAAAGCGCGUGUAACGUAAAACCAGCCGGUGAGACGUGAUCCUCUACUGAAAAUCAAAGUUGGAUACACGUCUGUGUCCAUUUCCUGCUGUUCAUGACGCUUGGGGUACAUUCAGCUACAAUUGGAAAAGUGACCAAUGAUAUUGACAGAGAACUCCCUAUUUUGAGACAAAAUAUUCCAAAAGAUUACAAAAUUCCCUUAAAGUACAUUCCCAAAGAAAAGGGUGAGAUGUGUUGGGUAAAGUUAAACGUUUUCGUCCUUGAGCAGAGUUUAGGCGAUUUAUCCAAAAAGUUUGGAAACAUUUCAUCGAAUAAAGAUAUCAUAAAAUUAGUCAUCCAUUACCUUCAAGAAGAAAGGCUAAACAUCCAAAAUAAUGUUGAUAUGGAAGGACUUAUGUUAGACUUUAUGUGCCACUACAGAGAAGAGAGGUGGGAUACUGGGAAAUACUUUGACUUUGUCAAUGAGCUCUUUAGAGCUGCAGAGAAUGAAAGCUAUUCAGAGGAAUGUGAACCUCCUCCAUGUCCCACAACACCAGUACCAACAAAAGAAUAUUCAACAGAUCAAAUUCCCAAAUCACCCUCUCUCACCACUAAAGAAGAGAGUUUGACGCACUCAACAGAUGAUCCGCCAAGUCCUCUUCGCGAGGUGGUAGAGAAAAGUCUUUUCUCCUUACUGUUUAUUCCACUGCUGGCCCUUAUCUUCCUGCUUGUGUGGAAGGUCAGAUCAAGAAGGAACGUAGACCAUCCUCAGCCAAAUCCUGGAGAAGAAGACUUCUUUACAGAACAGAUGGCACCUCCGCUAGAUGGGGAAACAUCAGAAAAAAAUGUGCUGAACAUCUGUGCAACAGUGUAAACAUCUGCAGAUUCUAGUGCAUCCUCACAUUUGGGCUGGACACUUUUUUUCUCCUGUUGGUGUUUAAAGGUGAAAAACAAACACAAACCUGCGAACCAAAGUGAGACUGCUGAGUUGAAAGGCCUGUUUUGACUGCGCUCCAGAUUCACGGUGGCAAACAAUGACUGCGAGUUGUCUGGUUAAAUCAAACCUGACACUGUUUUUGCCUUUUUAUAAGACUAAAUAAACCCAAUGCUUCUGAAAAGGACAAAGAUUUAGCAGAUAACACCACCCCCCCACCCCCCCCCACCCACCCCCACCCCCCCCACCCCCACCCCCACCCACACACACACACACACACACCCACCAAGCCCUAGAGGCUCCAGGCUCCAAACUGUCAUCCAUCAUGACCUGCUGCUUCUUCAACCCUCUGGGAAAAACGUUGCUUAUUUAUCGACUUUUUCUUCACUCAGCCUGCCGUGUUUUUUUUUCCUUUUAAUGCCUGCUUCUCAGUCUUCAAAAAGAAAAGACAAUAAUAUCUAGUUUGAACUGGGGCAUGAAUUACUACCUCUGGUAACGCUUCAUGUUAACCACAUCUUCAACAGUUUCCCCACUUUUUCAAGUCCAAGGUUCUCCAAAGAAUACCAAUGCUGAGUGUGGUUGUCCCAACGUUUAGCCACAGUAGUCUUGCUUGUGUAUGUUCCCAUGGGGGGAGGGUGCAUUUAUUUAUUGGUGGUGGCACACUCAGAGGCUGCUUUUCCAGAGCUGAAAGAUUUCAUUUAAGGGCACCUUUUAUGUUUGGAUCACAUUUAAAAAGAAUAAUUUCUGUAACAACAUAUUGUAAAACUGAACACAUUAUUCACUUUAGCAAAUUACGCUGUCUUUUUCAAUGUAGUUGACAUAUAUAUGACUUGGGCAAUUUUGAAAAUGUGAAUUAUUACAUGGAGAUUAAGCAUGCACUUAAAGUAUGUUGCUUUGACUAACUCACAUUUAGGCUGUUCAAAACUACAAUGAUAUUCUGCUAACCCAUAAACAGGGAUGACACAUGUGUCUCCACACUAUUUUCAGAUUAUAAAGGUUAAUCAGCCAAAGAAUAUGAUUAACAACUGGCUAAUAAUAACAACAACUGGCUUGCCCUAGUAAAAGUUUGUUAUGACCAUUAUUUUUUACUCAACAUCCAAAGCAUAUAUGUAAAUAUAUGCUUUGGAUGGCAAAAUCUGUUACCAGGAAGAUCUUUGAUGGACAUUCAUCUGAACCAAUUUUUGUUUUGGACUGCAAUGGGAUCAUAUGUAGUCAAUAAUCUCAUCAAUCCAACCCAGGCUCUUCAUUUACAAACUCUAGUGGCAGAUAUACCAAGUCUUUACUUACGGUAGGCGACCGCAUGUUGUAAGUUGCUGCAUGCUAUAGACUCACUGUGAAUAAGCUCCAUUCCACCUUUAAUAACACCAUUCCUGAAGUGAAGUAAUAUCUGUUGCCAUUUAAAAGUGAUUUGACAGGACAUGAUUAAGUUAAGCGCUAUUUAUUAAUCCUGCUCUUGAAUGUUAAAGCUGCCUCUUAUUCUGUCCCUAUCGAUUUCUGACCAAGUGUUGUGAUUGCAUAAUAUAAUCCAUUGUCAAGGUUAAAAUAUAAAGUUAAUGGUAAAUGCUUAAUUGGCUUCAUAAACAACUAAGCUCACCACAGGGAAAUACCAUGCCAACCAAAAUGUCCACCUGUUUUGUUUUUUUGCCUUAAAACACUGUCAAAGCAAGUGCACUGUGAUCUCUUAUUAAUAUUAUAUGGCUGCAAAAGGUUUUGGUCUUAACAGCUGACAGACUUUUUAAUUAAUGAGGGUAUAGUCAAAGCAGUCGGCGACUCAUCAGUCCACCUUAAUUAAAAUUAAUAUGCAUGUUUCUGCUCUUCCUUUUUUUGAUGCACACCGAUCUGAUAUGCAAGGGGCUUCCCUUUGUGAUCACCACGCACAGUAAAACUACUUUGGAGAAAGGCUUUAAGGUCAAACGAAAAGUGAGCCUUGAACUAACAAGAACCAAGUAGGUCAGAAAUGAAUUGCAGAAAAUUAGAUGAAUGUGAUUUACAACUGAUAAUCAGUAAAGAAGUAGGAAUGAGAACAGGACACGCUGGCUGUGACCUUUCCAGUUAGGCAACUAGCUGAUAGUCUCAGAAGUGACAGGACAGUAGAAUCUGUUACUGAACAUUUCACAUUAUCAUCAUCAUAUUUGUGGUCUUAUAUUGUUCGAUUUCCAAUCUUGGUUUCGUGCCUUGUUUGAUUAGUGUGUUUGACUCGUGUAAAAGUCUGCAGCCUAUCUGUGUGUCUUCAUGGUAGCAGAAACAUCCUCCCAGGUCACUCACCUCUGCUAAAUGAGAGGUCAGUCAGCUAAACCCAUUAUCAGUCAUAAAUUGAUACUUUUUUUUUCUGGUAAAGCAGUACUUUUACAUCAGCAGAACAAAUUACAGUGGCUGUAACAUUUCUUUUCACGUUACUUGUUAACUUUUGUAACCUUUAGAAACCAUUUCAGCCAGCAACUGCUUGUUUCCUGUGUAAUUGGAGCUAUAUACUGGGAAUUUUUCUUAUAGAAGACAAGAGUAUAUUGUGCAAGUUUGAUUAUGUGAUUUAAAGAAGAAAAUGUAUACCACAUUGGUGUUCAUAUGUUUCUGAUGAGCAGUAAUUUUCAGCUCAAAUAGCUGGAACUCCUUUGGUGUGGUAAAGUAUUGUUUUUUUGUGUUAGGCUGCCAGAUAACAAUAUUCAUACAAAAAUUAAUUUUUACUGAAAAUUAUGAGUGGUAAAGCAUCAACUGUGCCAUAAUCUCUAUGGCAGUUUAGAGCUAAGUCUUUGUUACCUAAAUAUACCACAACUGUGCAAGUACUCCAAGGAGGAUUAUCAGAAAUUAGUGGUAAAAAACUGAGAUUUUUAUAUAUUUGAAGAUGUAUUUGUAAACAAUAUUGGAGUAAUAUAUCUAUAGCAGUUUAGACCAGUGACUUUCUCUUCCAUCAUUAUUAAAUAGAACUUUUCUACUUCAAUAAAUAAAAAUAAAGUUGUCUGUCAUUCCAUGCAGUUUCAUUGACUCUAUCCAGAGACACAGGUUAGUCUGGCCAAAACCUAACAAACAAGGCAUACAGCAUUUAGUUGCUUUUUAUAUGUAGUCUAGACAAAUGUAAAAGCUGUACCAGGUCUAAGCUGUGAACAAAUACAAAUUAAUAACAUGGUCUCCCAUUUUCCUGUCUACAUUGAAGCCAGAAACCGUUGGUAUGUCUGAUGCAUAGAGGCCAGAAGGAAAGCAGUGUCAUGCAUUAGUCAAGAGAAUGACUGCCCUUAAAUACUGCUCCCAUGUGUGUUGUUUGGUAGCGUAAGAGAGUAGACCCGCAUUCUGAACAGUGCUUUUGGGCACGAGUGAUCCAAUUCAACCCGAUGGAGUGGGUGAAUCAAGUGGUUCUAGGCAGGAAAUAAGUCUGGGUGCCAAAAAGCCAAUGUAAUUGUAGCCCAGCUGAUAUUCUGGGCAAAAAAAAAAAGAAAAAAAAAAACAUAAAAAAAACUCCACUGUAUUGUGUAUUUUUGUAUAAAUGUAAACAAGCAUAUAUGAAUUAUUAAUAAAGUACAUGUAUCCAAAUGUUA